CGUGGGAAGCUCUUGCCUCUGUCCGUCUCUGCGUGUUGGGAUGCAAGGCUGCAUCUCGCUCUCCCCAUUUCCUCCUUGGCGGGCAGCCAGACGAGGCGCGAGAUGAGGGGAGACGACCGACACGAACGAGGCGGGACGAGCGAGCGAGCUUCUUUGGAACCCCUGUCCGCUCGCGACUGCCCCCCUUUUCUCUAUCAUCUCGCAGCUAGCUCGUUGGUGGCGGCGUACGAACAACACUCGACUCGAGGCUUCUUCCCUUCUUCUCAUCUUCUGAGCCAUCAUCGUCUCAGCCACGAAGACGUAGCAGCCAGUCGAGUCGAGAGUCUCGGCCGCCCCACAUCACGAUGUCAUCGUCGCGGCAACAAGGGCAGCCGCCGCCGCACACGCACACGCAGCACACGGAGGAGUCGCUCCUCUCCUCACACGACGAUUCUGCGGCCUCACUCAGCACAACGCCGAAACAGAGCUACAUUACAGCGUCGGCGGGUGGCACGGGCACAUCGAGCAACGAAACCAGCUGGGCGCAAUCGCCUGGCGUCAACAUGAACAGCCCCUCGUCAUUUCGACCUGGCCCACGCGGUGGGGUACGCAAUGCUGCGUCAUCGUCCUUCUCUGCGAGAGAUUCAACAUUUUCUGACGAGGGGAGCAGUCAAGGUGCGGGGACGACGGGGGGAGGCACACUCGGGAGGGGAAUACCGCCUAUUACCCAACGUCCAUCGUCGCGCCUUCGUGGUGGAUCCACAUCCAGCUCAAGAGAGUUGACAUUCACCACCUACCCACUGCAGCCAGGCAGCGGCCCCAAUCGCCUUGGCACCGCCGCCCCCUACUCGAUGUACGCCCCCUCGGACGUAGACGCGCAGUCCCUCUCUGGGCUCUCGGCUUCAGAGCUAGGCGCUGAUGAGUCUGGAGAAGAGCUACCUCCUCCAUCCGCAUCUCGCCCCUCCAACACUCGAGCUGCAGCCAGUAGCCAGACCGUCUCUACGCAAGCUACCAGCAGGCAACAUCGUCGUUCCUCUGCUGCGCCUGGCUCUCGAUCCCAGUCACGCCAACGGCGCUCCAGCGCAGCCUUCGCCCGCUCGGGAGACGACGACGACGAUGAUGAUGACGACAAUCGCGGCGCGUACGGUCCACUCGAUGAAGAGGACGAUGAGGUAGUCCCGCAGGAUCGCGGCGAGGAACUUGUCCGUCGCAGAAUGAAGGCCAGACAGAAGGAGAAGCGCAGGAAGGAAAAGGAGGCGCAACGUAAAGCACAGCGAGCAGAGCAGCAGCAGCAAAUGCAGCAACAGCCAGCUUCACGCCCCACCUCACCCCGCAUUCGCCAAGCAAGUUCAGCCGCCCUGGCUCGUACAGCCAGCCCGACCCCAUACCUUCCUCCCGAGUCGGCCGGCUCAGUCACGAGCGAUCCCGGCGGAGGAGCAAGCAGCACUCUCACGCGGGAUGGUCGUCCCACCUACAUCCCGCUCCCCAUCCCUCCGCGAUCUGCGGCAGAAGGGGGAAGACUCUCUCCGGGCCUGGCAGGUCCGGCAACGAGCCCUGGACCCAUGAGCUUUCGUCAGGCACUCUCAUCCGCCGGGGCAACUGGCAGCAACGCCCCCUCGAGUCAUGCUGCAUAUCCCUCCCCACAUGGACAUAUUCGUCGUCCCAGCGCUCCGACCGCCGCUGAGAGAAGGGCAAGCAGUAUCGCCCCUGGUGCUAUGAGCCUGCCAAGGAACGCUUCGGCGCAGAGACAGAGUCAGGCACCCGACGUUUUCUUUGAUGGUGCGGGUGCGGCGGCAGGAGGAGGAGCUGCAGCGGGUGCAGGAGGAGAGUCUGUUGCUGGAGCUAGCAGUACGAGCGACGAGGAGGAGCAUGGAGACGAGGGCAGAGAUACCGUUGCUGAUCUGCGCGAGGCACGUCAUCCUCCCCAACCUCAAUCGCGACGAGGAGACGACGGCGAGGAAGCGGAUGGAGACGGAGCAGGACCUGGCAGUGGGGACGACGAAGGCGACAAGGACGACGAGGAGGCAGGCGACGAAGACGCCCUCUCCCCUGAGGACUCAGCCUCUGCGUCCGACGGCGCCGACCCUGAAGACGUCGAGUAUACCCUCAAGGACCGCCAAGACGCCAUCAACAUCGAGCAUCCCUUCGGUCUUCCUAUCUGGAAGCCCGCGCUCUACAAGAAGAGCCGUACCGUCACCCGCAACGCUGAGAAUGACCUGCACUCCGUGCCUAGCAGAGCAGCGGAGCGUCACCUCCUCCCUGGGAAUAUUCUGUGGACCGUCCUGUUUGGCAGCUGGCUAGGCGCGCUCUGCGUGCUGGCUAGCCUGCUCCUCCGACUGGUACCCAUCGGCGGCACGCGCUAUGCACGAGUGGCAUGGGAGCUUGGCGGGUACCUCUUCUGGCCAUUUGGCAAGUUCGUCGAGGUAGAGAUCAGCGCGACCACGGGCGAGAGGUCGGCCCCCGCUCGCAUUGACGGGAACAACAAGUGGUCCUUCGUGGCCAAGGACGACUCGCGCAGCAUGCACGACGGGGAGAACAGCACGUACACCACAGCAUUCACGCCCGUAGCUGCUCGCUUCCCACACGACCAUGAGCACCGCAUCGCGUUCAACGCUCGCAGACCGAGGCCCGUCAGUCACGCCGAAUCGGACGCUUCGGCCGGUGGAGGCUUGGAGAGAUAUGAUACCAUUCGCCCGGGAGAUGUAGCUGCAGCUGAGGCGGGGGGGAACAGCUCUGGCUCGUCGGCAUCGGAGGGAGCCAAGCACUCCAAUGUCAUUACGCCCAAGGCGAGCGGCGAUUCAGGAGCAAGGCUGUCCUCCGCAUCCAUGGGCAACACUGCCGCCUCGGAGACGACUCCACUCAAGGGCAAGGGCAAGAAUCGCAGCAGUGCUUCGUACGGAGCCACAGCUGAUGGUGAUGACGAGGAGUCGUUCGAGGACGACGAUGAAGCAUCCCGCAUCGAGCGCGAGCUGGAGAUCUACGAGUACGUCGCUGAUGACCAAGGGCGGGAUGUGGGCGUGAGUGGAAGAUGGCUCGGCGCAGCGGCGUACGGCCUCGUCUUCUGGCUGGUGAUUGCGCCUGUGCUCGGGCUCAUCUGCCUCGCCUGCUGGGGAAUGGUCGUCACCAUUCCGAUGGCGAAGCUGACGUGGGUUUUGAUCAAGAACCUGGCCAACCGUCCCCUAGCUCUACACUUCGGCUCUGCUCUCGAGCAGCACGAGGAGCGCUCAUCCUCCGAUGCUACCCUCGACGAUGCGGCGAAGAAGAUCUUCCUUCCCCUCAAGCCUGGCCAAGCGAAAGUGGGACCCCUCAAUACGACCAACGGCCUCCAACCGCUCUCUGCCCGCCGAAGCAAGAUUUUGCUCUGCACGUAUCGCGCCAUCGGGCUGCAGUACUACAAGUACACCGUGGGCGGCGUGAACAUCCUAUUCGUCAAUACGCUCCCCUUUGUGGGCUUUACGAUCUUCGACUUCUUCUUCCUCGAGCCGUACGUCAUCAAGCACCCGAGUCUGCACGGUGGCCUUCUGGCUUGGGUUUCCAGCCAGUCAGUCAUCUUCGUCUGUGCGCUGGGGUCGGUCAUCCCCUUGAGCUACUUCAUCGGUAUGGCAGUGGCGUCCAUCUCGGCGCAGUCUUCCAUCGGUAUGGGCGCGGUAAUCAACGCCACCUUCGGUUCCAUCAUCGAGAUCAUCCUCUACGCCAUCGCCUUGACACAAGAGAAGGCUCGCCUUGUGGAGGGGUCCAUCAUCGGCUCCAUCCUAGCCGGCGUGCUCCUCAUGCCCGGCCUCUCCAUGUGCAGCGGCGCUACCCGCCGAAAAGAGCAGCGCUUCAACGCUCGCUCGGCAGGCGUCACCUCCACCAUGCUCAUCAUGGCCAUCAUCGGAAUCCUGACGCCCACGUUGUUCUACCAGAUCUACGGCACAUUCCAGCUCACUUGUACGGGAUGCCCGACGGACGGGGUGGUGGGACAGGACUGGACGUGCAAGCGCUGUUUCUACGAGCACGUGCCGCCUGCAACGGAUCCCUUCUAUCAGCACAGCGUCAAGGGGCUGAUGUACACAUGUACCGUAAUCCUCGUGUUGAGCUACGCCAUCGGGCUGUGGUUUAGUCUGCGCACGCACGCGAGCCAGAUUUGGCAGAAUACCCAACAAGCUGCGGCGCCUCUCCAUGCUGGGCCGGGCCAGCAUGCCACGCAACAACACCACGCCACUGGAGCGCCAGGCGAGACGAUCACGACUGCACCUACCUUCCUGCAGAUCCCGUCGGCGCAGCGAGCGUCCAUCUACAAGAAGCUCCUCCCCGCGUCCAUGAUUCAGCAGCUCCUCCCAACGACGAACGCUGCGGGCAGCAAGGGCAAUACUCUGCGAGCGGGCGGCGGGGCUACUUCUGGCGAUGGCGCAGUGCAGGGUCUACCUACCUCCUCUGAACCGCCACCAUUGCGCCUGCCCGAGUCCUUCUCGCAGGAGGACUACGCCAAGGCGAUGGCCUUCACGGCGAGUGCUUUCCAGACGGCCAUCCAGCAGCAUCAGCGCGAGCAAGCGGCGGCGGCCGCAGCAGCAGCGAGUGGUAGCAGCGGAUCAGGGGUUGGCUCUUCCCGCCCUGUCUCGCGAGUAGGGUCGCAUCAACACCAACGCUCUUCGACGGCAGCCACCGCCGUGCCGAGCGAGCAGACGCACACGGCGCGAGGCAACUCGAUGGUGGAGACGGAGCCCGACCACCACCACCAGCAGCAUGGCAUCAAUGUCCCCGCUCCAGCUGGAGUGACUGGCGCAGCCCACCCGCCGGUCAAUCAGGCAGUAGGAGGCGAUCACGGCGGCGGGCACGGUGGGCAUGAUGCCCCCUCGUGGUCACGCGGCGUCUCCCUCACUGUCCUCCUCUCCUGCACGGUCCUCUACGCCAUCAUCGCCGAAAUCCUCGUAGACGUAGUCGACGUCGUCCUCGACGGGUCAGGGAUUGACGAGAAGUUCCUCGGUGUCACCCUCUUCGCCUUGGUGCCCAACACGACGGAGUUCAUGAACGCUAUGAGCUUCGCCAUCAAUGGAAAUAUCGCGCUCUCCAUGGAGAUUGGGAGCGCGUACGCACUGCAGGUGUGCCUGAUCCAAAUACCGGCCAUGGUUGCUUGGUCGGCGUACUACAACUACUCGCGCGGAAUCGGCGGUGUACCGCUCAUUCAUCGCAGCUUUACGCUCAUCUUCCCGCGCUGGGAUGUCAUUGCGAUCAUCUUUUCGGUCUUCCUCCUCACCUACACGUACAUCGAGGCCAGGAGCAAUUACUACCGCGGGUCGAUCUGUAUACUGAGCUACUUGGUGCUGGUAGCGGGCUUCUACUUUGCGCCGGGGACGGGAGAUACCGAGGCGCCUGGAGAUGGUGCGCCUGAGGACUUUGUAGCGGCGACGACGGUGGGAGUCUCUAUGGCGUGGGAGACGGCCAAGGCUGCUGGUCUUGGGUGGGGCCAGAUGAUGCAAGCGGCUUGGGGUGCUCUGUACACGCGAUGAGAGAUGAUGCAGAUGUUGAUGUAGACUUUACGAUUCCUACUUACUCUUUAUUCUCCUCUAACGAUUGAUUCUCGCCUUGCCGUA